AGAACUCGCGCUGAAGCAGGAGGAAGGCAGGACAGUGAUGUACACAGCCAUGGGUGCAGAGUGGCGGCCCUUCGGCUUUCCUCGGCGGCGCAGACCCCUCAGCUCUGUGGUGCUGGACGUGGGCGUUGCAGAAAGGAUUGUAGAUGACGUGAAGGACUUCAUUGGAAAUCCCAAAUGGUACACAGAUAGAGGUAUUCCCUACAGAAGAGGCUACCUGCUGUACGGCCCCCCAGGAUGUGGAAAGAGCAGUUUUAUCACAGCGCUGGCUGGUGAGCUGGGCUACAGCAUCUGUCUGAUGAGUCUGAGUGACCGAACACUUUCAGACGACCGCCUGAAUCACCUCCUGAGCGUGGCGCCGCAGCAGAGCAUCAUUCUCCUGGAGGAUGUCGAUGCAGCCUUUGUCAGCAGAGACCUGCUUCCCACUGAGAACCCUCUGGCCUAUCAGGGAAUGGGACGACUGACCUUCAGCGGACUGCUGAACUCUCUUGACGGAGUGGCUUCAUCGGAGGCUCGAAUAGUUUUUAUGACUACCAACUUCAUAGACAG